AUGCCUGCUCCAUCAACAGCAACAAGCUCCCGCGGCCGUGGCGGCAAAUUUAAGAAGUAUACCCGUGGAGGUGGCCGACACUUUUCUCGCGAUCUCCAACCCGCCGAUGCCGAAGGUAACAAGGUCAGCAUGUGGAGUCCCGACGCCCAGCACAGUGACGAAGACGACGAGUCCUCAGAGGGGUCCUCUGACGAGGACGUGGGUAAGGCCGUGCCCGCGGCCGAGGCCAGCCGUGAGGACCGCAAAGCACAGAAAAAGGCCAAGAAGCAGGCCGCGAUAGCCAAGUCCCAGGGUCACUCCGUUGAGGUCGGGGACAUGCCCUCGAGCGACGAGGACAGCGAUGAGGACAUGCCCGCCAACCCCAACCACUCCAAGGCCGCGCGUAAGCAGACGGCCGUCGCCACCAACGACGAGGUCGAGGAAAUUACCGAUGGCGUCGCCAAAAUCAGCACCCCCGGUAACCGCAAGGAGCGCGAGGCCCUCGAGGCCCAGGCCGCCAAGGAGCGCUACAUGAAGCUCCAGGCCGAGGGCAAGACUGACCAGGCCAAGGCCGACUUGGCCCGUCUCAAGCUCAUCCGCGAGCAGCGAGCCGCUGAGGCUGAGCGUCGGCAGGCUGAGAAGGAGGAAAAGGAGGCCCAGGACAAAGCCCGCAAGGCCGAGGUCGAUGCGCGAGAGAAGAAGCUGCGUGAAGCUGCUGCUGCUCCUAAGAAGGGCAAGAAGAAAUAA